UACUACGGAUACAGGAUACAGGCAACAUUUAUCCGUGGUACCUAGGACUGCACCUUUUACUGAGGAGCAGUUGCAGAGUUGGAGCAGAAAGAUUUAACAGGUUUUUAAAGGCAGAAAACACAAACAGGUAAGUCAUGUCUGGAGUAUCUCAGUUGGAAAGAGAGAUGAUGACAAAAGCUCAGCGCCAGUACCCCCGGUGUCAGGACCCGGUGGAGAAACUAAGGCUCCAAUGCCUAGCUAGAGGGGCUUCUGGAAUAAAAGGUCUGGGCAGGGCAUUCCGUAUCAUGGAUGAUAACAGAAGUAACUGCCUGGACCAAGAAGAAUUCUCCAAAGGUCUUCAGAAUUAUGGAGUAUAUCUACAGCCUGAGGAAGUGCAGGAGAUCUUCCAGCGAUUUGACACAAAUGGAAAUGGAACUAUCAACUUUGACGAAUUCUUGAUUUCUAUCAGGCCGCCUAUGUCAAAUGCCCGAAGGCAGGUAAUUUUGGCAGCCUUUCAUAAAAUGGACAAGACUGGAGAUGGUCUGGUUACCAUUGAAGAUCUCAAAGGUGUUUACAACCCUAAAUGUCACAAGAAAUACCAAAAUGGAGAAUGGAAUGAGAGACAGGUGUUCCAACACUUUCUGGAAAACUUUGACUCACCCAAUAACAAGGAUGGGCAGGUCACAGAGGAAGAAUUCCUGAAUUACUACAGUGGGGUCAGCGCUUCAAUAGACAGUGACGCUUACUUUGUGGCCAUGAUGAAUAAUGAAUGGAAGAUCUAAAAUUGACGAUUGCAAA